CCGUGACUUCAUAAAAUGAAAUGAAACAUGUCUGCCUCAGUUUUGAGGUUAAAUAAAGUACUGGGUAAAUGUGUUUAUGGAGUGCGUCUAACGAAAGAUGUGUUAAAUACUUCCCAGCGAGUACAAAAUAUGUUUACUACAUGUGCUAAUGUUCCAAUAUUAACUGUAGCAAUAUGCACACCUAUCUCUGUAAUUGUAAGGAAUACAAGUUUCUUCAACAAGUUACCAGCAGAAGCAUUGUGGAAAGGGGUGACAAGUGUCAGCAAUGCGGGAAGGAAACGUGGCCGAGGAAAAGGUAUUGGGAAGAAGAUGGCCAAAGAUCUGAACAGAGGACAGGUCAUAGGGGUUGGUAAAUCAAACAUUAUAUGGCCUGGCUUGACUGUGCCAGUGUUACGAGGGAGAGAGUUGGUACAGCAACAGAAGUUGCCAGAAGAUCCAGAACGCGAGAAGAUGUUGAUAAAAUUACGAGACGAUAUGGGCAACUUCCGGCCUCUCAGGUUAAGUCCAAUUGAACGAGGUUGGUCAGGAACAAAGAUGCCUGGCAGAAGUAUUGGCCCACCUGAUCCGGUAGGAGAAGAAACAUUUGAAGGUUUUGAUACAAAGGUGUUAGAGUUGAAAAGUGUAUUCAACAUGAAAGGGAGCGCAGGACGAAAGCGGCAGAUAAGCGCAUUUGUAGUGACAGGAAACAAGAAUGGAUCAGCUGGAAUUGCACUAGGCAAAGCACUUGAAGCAAAAGCAGCUCUUAGAAAAGCAAAAAAUCGUGCAGGCCAGAAGAUGAUGUACCUAGAAAUAUUCAACAAUCACACAGUUUAUCAUGAUUUCUUCUGCCAGUUUGGGAAGACAAAAAUUUUUGUAACCAAGAAACCAGAAGGCUUUGGUUUGGUCUGCCAUCGAGCAAUCAAGACUACCUGUGAAGUAAUUGGUAUAAAAGAUCUAUAUGCUAAGGUAGAGGGUCCCACCAACCUGCAGCAUAUUAUCAAAGCAUUCUUCAUUGGAUUACUGCAUCAGAAAACACACCAAAUGCUAGCUGACGAGAAGAAGUUGCAUGUUGUUGAGUUCAGAGAAGAGAAUGAUUAUUUCCCGACUGUGGUGGCUUCUCCAGCAACAUGUCGCACACUGGAGGAGAUCAAUGCAGAUGAAGUGAUGGACUAUACACAGUAUGCAUUAGGGAACCGUGUAUUUCUCAAGAAGAAGAGACUACCUCCAUUUUUCACAAAGCUACCUUCAUGGGAAAACUAUCUCAAGAAGACACAAUACACAAGAAACCGAGAUAAGGUUAAAGUUACAUUGCUGGCUGAAUAUGAUGAAGUUCAGAGUUUCUACACUGAAAAAUAUCCAGAGUGUGUACAUGGAUACAGAGAACAAACAGAAGCAGAUUAAACAGCACUAUAGCAUAGAGCAAGUAUUCUUAUAAAACUAGUGGAAAAGAUAUAUUAAAAUUUAACAGGAAAUAAUUUCUUUCAUGUCUUCAUCCCUUACCAUAUCUCUUUCAGUGCAUAACAAUGAAAAAUAUAAGCCAUAAUAAGUACUAAGAAGUAUUUCUAAGCAGUUUUAAAACCACAUAGAAGUCUGUAAAGUGUCAAGACCACAAUCAAAAUCUCAUCCAAUAACCCCUUGUCCAGGUUGGUGUUUGCAGUGAAAUUUCAUUUAUUUAGGAGUUUGUGUAACACUUUGCCAAAUUAAGAAAUUAUGCUUUCUUGCUGGUGAGGUCAACUAUCUGGGAUGUGUUCUCAUGGAGGAGGGAGUGAAACAUAAUCUUGAGAAAAUUACAGUGGUGCAUAAUUAUUUAGCCCCGUAGAGUAUGAUGGAAGGUAGAACCCAAUCAUGUCAUUAUAAGUGGGGACUGCAUGGGUGUUACGAUACUAAUAUGACUCAUACAACUAUUAAAUGCUCAAAAUAAAUUGUUAAGUAUGUGGUUGAUAUGUACAUUUUGUUUCCUUGUUGUGGUUUUGAUUAUUGAUUUUUUUUUUUGGUCUCCAUGAUUAAUUGCAUGGUUCUGAAGUGCAAGGGACACCUUACCUUACCUAAAAAUGUUACACUCAAAAUGUUACAUUAUGGUGUAUGUAUCUGACUUUAAAUUC